UUUUUAUUUCAGGCUCAUUUUGUGGAGUUUCUGCCCCUCUUUGCGUCAGCUCCACGUCACUUUGCCGGCAGCUCCCCGGCUUGGGCUGGAGCAGGAGCUAGGGCUGCUUUAUUAUCAGCUGAAGGGAGGAGGAGACGGUGCGUGAAGCGGAGAGCUCGGCACCCCGAGCCUCGCCGCCGCCGCGGGCUGCUCCCUCCCUCCCCGCUCGCAUCCCGCCUCUCUCUCUCGCGGGCAGCGGCACCCCAGCCCCCGCAGGUAGGAGCGCAGCCUCCUCCACCUGCCUCCGCCACUCCGCUCGGAGCGUUUUGCAGCAUCAUCUGGAGGCGCCGCGGGGGCAGGAGGCGCCGCUGCCCGCCCGCGGUGCCGGGGCAGGUGCCACGCCGAGCCCCGCUCUCCCGAGUAUCGCCGCUCCGCAGCCCCGGGCGGGCACCGCGGCGGGGCGGCUGCGGCUGCGGCGCGGCGAGCCCAUGUGAUCCCCGGCCGCGGGGUGCCGGCCCGCGGCGCAGAAGGCUGUGCGCCCGAACAGCGGCAGCGGCAGCAGUAGCGGGAGGAGGCCGUCGGGUAGCGCUGGAGUGAGCGGGCGGCAUGGUGUCCUGGCGGCGGAGGCCGGGGCCCGGCCUUGCGCGGCUGUGGGGCUUGUGCUGCCUGGUGCUGGGCUGCUGGCGGGGCGCGCUAGGCUGCCCCGCGUCCUGUCGCUGCAGUUCCUGGCGGAUCUCGUGCUCGGAGCCAGUGCCGGGCAUCGCCUCCUUCCCCGUGCCUCAGCGGAGCGCCGAGGAUGACAAUGUCACCGAGAUUUACAUCGCAAAUCAGCGAAAAUUAGAAAGUAUCAAUGACAAUGAAGUUGGAUUUUACGUUGGACUUAAGAAUCUGACCGUGGUGGAUUCAGGCUUAAGAUUUGUGUCCCGUCAGGCAUUUGUGAAAAACGUCAACCUACAGUAUAUCAAUUUUUCCAGAAACAAGCUCUCAAGUUUGUCCAAGAAGCCUUUUCGCCAUCUGGGUUUGUCUGAUCUGAUACUGGUGGACAAUCCAUUCAAAUGUUCCUGUGAAAUUAUGUGGAUUAAGAAAUUUCAAGAGACCAAGUUUUACACAGAAGCUCAGGAUAUAUAUUGCGUAGAUGACAAUGACAAGCGGACAGCCUUGAUGGAUAUGAAGGUCCCAAACUGCGACUUACCCUCAGCAAACUUAAGCAAUUACAACAUCACUGUGGUGGAAGGAAAGAGCAUCACGCUGUAUUGUGAUACAACAGGAGGGCCACCCCCUAACGUGUCCUGGGUGCUCACUAAUCUUGUUUCAAACCAUGAGAGUGACACAAGUAAGAAUCCUGCCUCGUUAACCAUAAAGAAUGUUUCAUCCAUGGACAGCGGACUGUGGAUUUCGUGUGUGGCGGAGAACAUUGUGGGAGAGGUCCAAACCUCUGCCGAACUGACGGUAUUCUUUGCACCAAAUAUUACAUUUAUUGAAUCUCCAACCCCGGACCACCACUGGUGCAUUCCAUUCACUGUGAAAGGGAAUCCUAAGCCCACAUUGCAGUGGUUCUAUGAAGGAGCUAUAUUGAAUGAGUCUGAAUACAUCUGUACUAAAAUACAUGUUAUCAAUCAAAGUGAAUAUCACGGCUGCCUUCAGCUGGACAACCCUACCCACCUGAAUAAUGGUGCUUAUACCUUAUUGGCCAAGAAUGAAUAUGGAGAGGAUGAAAAACGGGUUGACGCACAUUUCAUGUCAGUGCCUGGAGAUGGUAGUGGCCCAAUUGUGGAUCCAGACGUUUAUGAGUACGAAACCACGCCUAAUGAUCUUGGAGACACCACGAACAACAGUAAUCAGAUCACUUCUCCGGAUGUUUCCAACAAAGAGAAUGAAGAUAGCAUCACUGUGUAUGUUGUGGUGGGAAUUGCAGCACUGGUAUGCACUGGCUUAGUAAUAAUGCUCAUUAUUCUGAAGUUUGGAAGACACUCUAAGUUUGGGAUGAAAGUUCAUGGUGAAGUAAAAGGAGUUGGUCUGGUAGAUCAAAUAUGGCUUUCAUUGAAAGACUGCAACAAUGAAGAACAAAUAAUGGUGACUAUGAACAGUGAUGUACAUAAUAACUCAACUGCUUCAGAUAACAACAGACUGGGUCCUUCUUCAGUUAUCAGCAAUGAUGAUGAUUCAGCCAGUCCUCUCCAUCACAUCUCAAAUGGCAGUAACACUCCAUCUUCUUCUGAGGGAGGUCCUGAUGCGGUCAUCAUUGGGAUGACAAAGAUUCCGGUCAUUGAAAAUCCUCAGUACUUUGGAAUUACCAACAGUCAGCUCAAGCCAGAUACUUGUGGAAACUGACUGCCCGGUUUCUCAGGUGACACAAGGAACGGUUCUGCCAUCCCAAAUGAGGCAGGAAAAACAUCAUGCAGAACAAGGAAUUUUCCAUAAGAAACUGUACCAUAGCAACUGACAAAGACGUUGAAGCACAUUACACUUGCUCUGCUUGUUGCAACCUGUGCUUUGAUGCAACAGGACAUCAGAAAAGUGAAGAUUUGUGUUUUUGUUUUGUUUUGCUUUUCUUUUGCUUACUUAUUUCUUUGGCCAGGAUAGUGAUUGCUUUAACUGGUGCUGCUUGAUCAUAAAGAAUUUAUUGCAAAAUUGUGUAACCUUUCCAUAUCCAUCUCCAAGGUCUGUGCCAGAGCCUGUGUUCUGGCAGGCACUGCCAUGCUAUAGCUGGGGAGGGUGAGGGAACUACAUCUGCAGACUUCCAUGAGAUCACAAGUUUUUGAAGCUGUAGGAUCACCAACCAAUAGGAUGCAGAAAUAUUUCUAACAGGAUAGCAGCUGUCUAAUAUGUGACACUAAAAUAAAGUUGACUCACUAAGAAGUAGUGAUAAAUAAGCCAGCAAAAGCUGCUAUCUGUUUUUACUAAGCACACCAAAAUGAGGUUGUCUAAUGUAAUAGAAAAGAAGUUAGUGUCUGUGGCACUGAUUUGGAUACAGCCAAAUUUCUGCUGUACUAGGAACAGCAUUUGAUCAAAAUGUUGAGAUUUUUGAAAUCUCAAAGUCUUUGAAGGGCAGAUGUUUGGCUUGUUCCAUAGCAGCUGUAACAGGCUGUUCAAGAUGAACAAAUCUAAGUUAACAGGGCCUAAAAUGCUUAAGUGCGAAAACAGGAAAUCUGAUUAGCACUACAAAUCAGCUGAGGUCUGGAGAUUCCCCUUCUGUUGAGCUGGGGCAGUUCAGUCAUCUUCCAUUUAUUUCUGGAGUUUAUACUUCACUCUACCCAUACUUAGUCUCUCCCUUGUGUUCCUUUUCAAGCUCAUGGGCAGUUCAGGCUUGUGCUUCUCACAGGAAAUGGUAAACUCCACGGUUCUCCUCUCUACUUUAUCUGCAGACAUGAAUUAACAGGUGGAAGGUACAUUGUUCAGCACAUCUGUUAGGCAUGUGCUCUGUUUUCAUACACAUUAAUUGCUUAUCAGAUUAGAAGGACUAUAUUCCUGAGGUAAAAUGUACUGCUUUUCCGUGAGACUUCAUGCUACAUGUUCCCCUUGACGGCAGUGACUAGCCUGUCACUGAUUUGGAGAAAUUGUGUGGGAGUCCUGUAGACCUGGCCUUGAGCUAAAAACUGUUUACUGGAGCAAGUGUCAUUACAGCUGUUUAUAGCUAUGACUUUUAGCAUGCUUCAUAUGUGAAAACAUCAUACUCUGGGUAGCAGCAGGGGUAAUGAAAGGUCUCUAGCCACUACACCUACUGUAACUAACAUAUAUCUGGGUUGGUUAUAAGCAAAAAGACUAUUUAAAAUACUCUGAAUUUAAGAAGAGAUUUUUCUCAGAUAUGGUCUGGAUGCUAAGCUAGAGUAGACCUCAUAGAGAUGCAGCUUACCAUUUUCCCCAGCUUACACAACUGGCAUUUCUGAUGAAUGUUUGGCACAAUAUGGAGUAAAAUCAUUCCAGUAGCUCCUGUUCAGAAAUCUUAAUUGGUUUACACUUGUGAAGGUGUGGAAAGAAAUCAAGAGCAAGUACUUUAAAAUGUGGUUGUGGUAUGUUAAUUCCCGAAGGCCUGUUUAUUUUUAUCUGGAGUAGUACUUUAAUGACUAACAACAUACAGACUGGAAUAAGGAAAGAAUUAACUCAGUCAGAAGAGAAGCAGACAUCACAUAUUUUCUUCCACAUGUAUUGUUGUCAUUGUGUUUGUUUGUUUGUUUUGUCUUGUUUUAAUUAGAGAGUGCUCUGGGUUUAUUAAUUGCUUUCUUCAGAAGUUUCUCUUUGUGACUGUUAAUCUAGAAUGAUCUACUGAGUUUCCCAGUUUACAUUUUGUGAGUGAUAGUGGAGUUGGUUUCACAGCUUACAAGGUUACACUGAAGACAGUGGAAGGGAAACAGAGCUGUUGAAAAAUCCUUUUUCUGAAUGUUUUUUUUUUUUAUUCUAGUUGCUUCAUUUUUGUGUGUGUUUAAUGCAGUUAAACUUUGAGGAGGUCAGAAUCAGAUGUCUGUAAAAAUAAAUGAAAGUAUUUCUUGCAUUCUUCUCUAGAUUUUAAGGUAAGACAGCUGUAAGGAGUUUCUAACAUUGUUUUCUAAACACCAGUGUAAAACACACACACUUCGUAGCUUUGUAACACCGUGCAAAUAGAAAGAAAUUCAUCUUCAGAAGAAAAUACUAUGAGGCAGCUAGGUAAGCACUUUUGGUCUUAUUUUGUAGGUUGGGAAAACAAUGAUGAAGGGAUUCACUCAGAAGAAGUGUCUUAAAGUUGUUUGCUGAAGCCCUCAUGACAAAUGCCUUUCCAUUUCUAUGUGUGUCUGUUGAGGUUUCAGAAGUAAACAGUGUUGCCUCUCUGUAGUUUCUGUGUGAGGAAAAAUGCAAAUCAGUAUGGUUAUUUUUGCAGUUAGAGCCUGUUAUAUUUUUAGAAUGUGUGGCUGAAUUACCAUUCUCAUAAAGAAGAAAAUGUUAAAAGGGAAGAACAAACGUGACAGAAGCAGUGGUGAAAACAGCACUUUUGCCUUUAGGUUGAUUGUGAUUUUUAUGUAGAAAAUUCCAUUUGGGAAGAAUAUAGGAAAAUUUCCAGGGCAUGUAGGGAUGCAACAAGGAAAGCUAAGGCCCACUUAGAAUUAAAUCUGAUGAGAGUAGUCAAGGAGGACAAGAAAGGAUUCUGUAUGUCAAUAGCAAAAGGAGGACUAUUGAAAAUGUGGGCCUGUUUCUGGGUGCCCUGGUAACAGAGGAUACUGAGAAGGCAGAGUUACUGAAUGCCUUCUUUGCUUCAGUCUUUACUGCUAAGACUGCCCUCAGGAAUCCCAGACCCUUAAAAUAAGAGAUUCUGGGGAUGGGAGGACUUCCUUUUGGCUGAGGAGAAUCUGGCCAGAGAUUGUCUAGGCAAAUGCAAUGCUUACAAGUCCAUGGCCACCCAUGGGAUGCAUCCAUGAGUGCUGAGGGAACUGGCAGAAAUGACUGACAAGCUGCUCUCAAUCAUCUUUGAAAGGUGAUAAUUGAGAACAGGAAAGGUGCCUUAGGACUGGAGGAAAGCCAGCGUCACUCUAAUCUUCAGAAGGGACAAGUAGGAAGGAUUGGGAAACUACAGGCCAGUCAACUUCAUGUCCAUCCCUGGGAAAGGGAUGGAACAGUUUAUUCUGAAUAUCAUCUCCAAGCAAAGUAGAAGAGAAGAUCAAGUAUUCAACUUGAAUUCACCAAGGGGAAAUCAUACUUUACUGAUUUGGUAGCCUUCUGUGGUAUCAAAACUGAGUGGGUAGAUGAAGGGAGAGCAGUGGAUGUUGUGUACCUUGACUUCAGCAAGGCUUUUGACACUGUCUCCCAUAACAUCCUCAUGGGUAAGCUUAGGAAAUGUGAGAUAGAUGAAUGGACUGCUGAGAUGGACUGAGAACUGACUUACUGGCUGAACUCAAAGGAUUAUAUCAGCAGCACAGAGUCUAGUUCUAGACCUCUAGUUAGCAGUUAUCCUAGAGUAUCAGUACUGGCUGUGGUCUUGUUCAAUGUCUUCAUCAGUGAGCUAGACAAAAGGAUAGAAUGCACCCACAGCAAGUUUGCUGAUGAUAUGAAGCUGGAGGAGCUAACACACCAGACGGACAUUCAGAAAGGCCUGGACAGACUGGAGAGCUGGACAUAGAGGAGAUUCAGCAAGAGCAAGUGCUGAGUCCUACAUGUAGUGGGGAAUAAUCAUAUGUACCAGCACAGGAUAGGGGCUGACCUGCUAGAAAGGAACUCUACAAAGAAGAACCUCUGUGUCUUGGUGGACAACAGGUUGGACAUGAGCCAGCAGUGUGCCCCUGUGGCCAAGAGGGUCAACGGUAUUCUGAGGUGCAUUAAAAAAAGCAUGGCCAUCUGGACAAGGCAGGUGAUCCUCCCCUUCUACAUUGCCCUAGUGAGGUAGGUCUGGGUUCCCCACUUCAAGAAAGAUGGGGAACUUGUACAAGUCCCCCAUCUUCCUUGAAGUGGGGAACUUGUAGAGAGGGAGGGUCACAAAGUUGAUUAGAGGCCUGGAGCAUCUCCCUUAUGAAGAAAGGCUGAGAGACCUGGGACUGUUCAACCUGCAGAAGAAAAGACUGAUGCGGGAUCUUAACAAGUGGAAGGAGACAGGCUCUUCUCAGUGGUGUUCAACCACAGAACAAGGGGCAGCAGGCAUAAACUGGAACAUAGGUAGUUGCAUACAAAUAUGAGGAAAAACUUUACUGUGGGUGCAACAGAGCACUGGAGCAAGCUGACCAGAGAAGUUGUGGAGUUUCCUUCUCUGGAGAUAUUCAUAACUCACCUAAGCACUUUCCUGUGCAAUGUGCUGUAGGGAACUUGCUUUAAGAGGUAGGUUGGACUAGAUGAUCUCCGGAGCUCCCUCCCGAUCCCUAUAGUUCUGUGAUCCUGUAUGUGGGAAGAUGUUGGAAAAAAUAGCUAAUAAAUCUUGGAAAUGAUCUAUAGUUGAUUACGUUAGUUUCUGACUCUUUGUUUUCUCUUUAAAAUUCUAUCUAGAAGAGCAGAUUAGAAAAACUGUGACCUGGAAACAGCUGGAUGACCAUUUUAUUAUUUCUGGGCUACCAGAAGCCAAGCAUCACAACUGCCUAAUUGGCUUAACAGAAGUUCUUCUCAGGUGCAAUACAUCACCCUCCUGCUGGUGGCAGUCUUGCAGGAAGCAAUGAUUAGUUGACACUGGUUGUGAAGCAGUCUAUUAAUCUACCAUGGUGACAUCCUGACUGUGGGGCUGAAUAGUAACUCACGCUUUGUGUAUCUCAGUUUUAGUUCAGUACAGGAGACACAUAUACCAACAGUCAACACCCAUUUACUUAGCUGCAAGUGCCAGCUUUGAGCAACUAGAGAGAAAAAUCCAGCUGUGACUUUGAGACAAAAAAAUUCACUGCUGACAAUGAAAGUGAUGUGAUUUUUAAUACUUUCUCUACCGAUAAGCAUGUAGGGUAUUCUCCAUUACAGAUGAAUAAGUAUAGCAGCCAUUUGUGUCGGUUACUGCUCAAAAUGAAUAUAUAAGCAACUGGUACUUAUCUGCUCUGUGAGAGAACUUGAAAUUCAGAAAGAACAGGAGAAAAAAACUAACAUUAUGUCUGUCUUGCUGUGCAGCUACAGUUUCUUUAAACUGUUCUGUAAUGUCUUGGUGUUACAGUAGUUGCAACACAACAGACUUGCUUUUUUAAAAAGCAACAGUCACAGAGAAGCUAAGUGAGAAAAUAACUUUUCUGGCCAAUGCAUUUUGAUUUCUCACAGAGGCUCCCAGGACAUUUGCAUUCACUUCAGGAUGCAUGUAUUACAGAAGAUUCAAUUGUAAGUACUUUCCAAGAAUAAAGAGUACAAGGGGGAAGGUGAUUGUGAUUUAUGCUGACAUCUAUUAAGCUUUUAUGGAAGAUCACACGUGUAUACUAGCUAUCAUCAUAAAAUUAACUGGUACUAAUUGGUCAAAGCUGCCAACUCAGUUUGCUUAUAACACUAUUUUUUAGGUCAUGUUCAUUAUACUGACAUAGUAUGUCAGACCCUGAAUAAAGUUCAUUCAGCCAUUUAUGAUGCUCUUCUUCUUGUUGCUCUGCUAUGUGUAUGUGCUGCCAUCAAUGUGGGUUCACAUCUCUGCCAAGACUGAGUCUGUAUACUUUGGGAAAUAUAUGUCUCAUGUAUCUGCCUAGUGGUCUCUUCUCCAGCACCAGUGGGUUGUGGGAGGGCACCCUUUGACUGAACCUUGUCUGGUGUUUUCCUCUUUCUUGGAAACUGACAAGAACAACAUGUUCAAACACGUUCCCUUUUUUUCCCCCUUUUGAGGCAUGGAAGUAAGGGGAAAAAAAUAAAUAAAUAAAAACAGAAAGAGGCUGUUACUGAGUUCAUUAUUGUGCUAUAAAUCAACCAGUAAACUUCCAUGCAUUUUGCUGUAUUUGGGAAGCUCCUGUUCCUUAGUGACAGCUGCUUGGCUCAGCACACUGUAAUUAUCAGCUCAAAAACAAGAUGCUUUUAGGCGCUGAAAUCAUAAUGGCAGAGACUGAACUUGUCUUCAACCUCCUCAUGGGCCACAGCUCUAAAAGAUCCCAUUUAGUGUGUGCUUGAUUGUGUAGUUGCAUUUGAUACUAGGCUCUGCCAGUUCAUUAACACACUAGACCCUUUAGGAAGCUUUUACCCUAAAGAAAUAUAGGUCUUUGUUUUUCAUUAGCUGCUGAUGUAUCAUACAGUUACUGUUUGAUUAAUGCAUCUGUGUUAACUUUCUUUCUCUAAAAUAAAGGUUUUUUUGAUAUAUGGGA